CGGUUAGGAGGUGGCUAGCUUAUGAUUUUAUGAUUGAGGAAGUGGUGCAUACUUGUUACGAUGGAAGAGAGUGAGGGGUGUGUAUAUAGUUUAUCUAAGAAUGGUGUGUGGGCACACAAUGAGGAGUGUUAGUCCUCUUCCCAUCCAUAUACCCAAAGCCAUAGCAGGCGAGCCCUGUGUGUUCCUCUCCCCGACGUCGUCUCAGUUCCCUCAGCCUCGUCCUCAGCUGCUUUCUGCUCCGCUUCCCUCUCGCCCGAUUCCUCCUCCACCAUCUGUUCCUCGAGCAUCUCCUCGUAGAUCUCCUCGAAGUGGUCGUCGAAGUAGUUCAUGGUUGGAGUUGGGUGCCUGCCUUUCGUUUGGGGAGGAUGAGGUUAGAAUUGCGCUAUUAGGAAUGGAAAUGAGACGAUGAGGCACAUGCUGCGAAGCUCGAUGUUUGUUUCCAGCAUUUCGAUGAUAAUUUUUUGGCUGUGCUGAGAUGAAUAGAGGUCGGAUUCAUACAGAUGAGGUACGGGUUGAAAGAGGGUGUGAGCACAGACAGAUGACAACGUCGCCAAUACUUGCUUGUUGAAGUUUCCAUCAGAU